AUGGAGGCACUUGAUCCUCUUGUUAUGCUGGUUCUUCGGGCUGCUCCGGCUCGUUGUCGACUUCGUCAAUAUCUUGCAUUAGUUGUUGAAGCUCUGGAUAAGGAUCGUAAUGAUGAGGAUAGAAAUCGCAACAGAGACAAGACCAAAGAGAAAAUCCCUGACCGGGAUAGAGACAGGGAACAUGGACAGGGUAAGGUGAAAACAACCGAUAACCAGAAACUUUUGGAUGCAAAACAAUUAAUUGAUAUGAUUCCAAAGACCAAGGAGGAGCUAUUUUCAUAUGAGAUAAACUGGAAUGUUUAUGACCAGCAUGCACUGCAUGAGAGAAUAAGACCCUGGAUUUCAAAGAAAAUUAUGGAGUUCUUGGGAGAAGAAGAGAAAACUCUGGUUGAUUACAUCGUAUCGAGUACUCAGGAACAUGUCAAGGCUUCUCAAAUGUUGGAGCUGCUGCAGUCUAUAUUAGAUGAGGAGGCAGAGAUGUUUGUGCUUAAGAUGUAGAGGAUGCUGAUAUUUGAAAUUAAAAAAGUGGAGACUGGUCUGGCUUUGCGUUCGAGAUCCUGAUCUAACAUUGAUGCCGUGCUGGCGGUUCAUGU